CUCUUCCACACCUCGUCUAUCAUUCACCUCAUCUAUUCGCCUCGUCACUCGCACUAUCGAUAUUGGUGAUACGUCCCGUCUCCAACCUCUCCCUCCUCGCCGUGGCACCUACAUACAUACUCUCUCGUCCUCGAUUUGAAUAAUUCUCGCUCGAGAUGCCUGGCGGCGUCACGAUUCGCGGCUCGGCCGACCCGUCUAGGGUCGAAGCCCCCGUCUCCGUCAAGGCCUACCUUAUGUGUGCUUUUGCCUCCUUUGGUGGCAUAUUCUUCGGAUACGACAGCGGUUACAUCAACGGUGUUAUGGGAAUGAAAUAUUUCAUUCAUCAGAUCGAGGGUCCCGACGCCGCCGUUAUCACACCUGAAAACAAGUCUCUCAUCACCUCUAUUCUAUCUGCUGGUACCUUCUUCGGAGCACUCAUAGCCGGUGAUCUUGCCGACUGGAUCGGGCGACGGACCACCGUCAUCGGCGGCUGCGGUGUCUUCAUCGUCGGUGUCGUUCUCCAGACGGCCUCGGCCGGUCUGGGCCUUCUCGUUGCCGGACGCCUCGUCGCCGGGUUUGGCGUCGGCGCUGUGUCCGCUAUCCUGAUCUUAUACAUGUCCGAGAUCGCGCCUCGCAAGGUCCGCGGUGCCCUGGUCUCUGGAUACCAAUUCUGUGUAACCAUUGGUCUUCUCUUGGCUUCGGCUGUCGACUACGGCACCGAGAACCGCACGGAUAGCGGCUCAUACCGUAUCCCUAUUGCCCUCCAGAUGCUCUGGGCGCUCAUCCUUGCCGUUGGCCUGUUUCUGCUCCCCGAGUCACCCCGUUUUUUCGUCAAGAAGGGAAAAGUCGACGAGGCCGCCGAGGUGCUGGGUCGUCUACGUGGCCAACCUACUGAGUCUGACUACAUCAAGGGCGAGCUAGCUGAGAUUAUUGCGAAUCACGAAUAUGAGCUGUCCGUCGCGCCUCAAGGCGGCUAUUGGAGCACGUGGUUUAAUUGCUUCCGGGGCUCUCUGUUCAACGGCAGCAGCAACGUCCGCCGAACCAUCCUUGGUACCUCGCUCCAGAUGAUGCAGCAGUGGACCGGCGUCAACUUCGUCUUUUAUUUUGGUACCACCUUCUUUAAGCAGCUUGGUACUAUCCAGAACCCGUUCCUGAUAUCGCUCGUUACCACUCUGGUAAACGUUUGCUCGACACCAAUCUCGUUCUGGACUAUCGAGAGAGUCGGACGUCGCCCCUUACUCAUCUGGGGAGCCUUGGGAAUGGUAAUCUGCCAGUUCAUCGUCGCCGUUACAGGCACUGUCACCAGCGCCGACGGCGCCGUGAAGGCUAUGAUUGCCUUCAUCUGCAUCUACAUUUUCUUCUUUGCCAGCACCUGGGGCCCCGGAGCCUGGGUUGUUAUUGGCGAGAUCUACCCUCUACCGAUGCGCGCGCGCGGCGUCGCCCUCUCGACGGCUAGCAACUGGUUGUGGAACUGCAUAAUCGCCGUUAUCACGCCCUACAUGGUGGACGAGGAUAAGGGAAACCUCGGAGCUAAAGUUUUCUAUAUUUGGGGUGCCCUCUGCACUUGCUGUUUCGUUUACGCAUACUUCUUGGUUCCCGAGACCAAGGGCUUGACACUGGAGCAGGUUGACCGUAUGCUUGAGGAGACCACCCCACGGACUUCAGCUAAAUGGGUGCCGCACUCGACAUAUGCUGCCGACAUUGGCAUGACCGACAAGGCCGCUGGCGCUUACGUCGAGAGCGCCUCGAAGGAAGAAGUUUGAGUCUAUUAUACCACAUUAUAUCUCAAGAAGCAGAGGAGGAGAGUUUAGUCAUAAAGAGGCCGCAUACUUGCAUGAUUACUGGUGUUGGGGGUUGCUUUAGCGCGGCGAUGCUUGAAAUAUCGGCAUGAGUCCACGCAAUGUUAACGUGAAUGAAACUAAAAAUUAAUUAUACCUAUAUUGUACAGCAACGG